AUGACCUCCGGUGGUUCGGUCCAAGCCGGGGCGUUACAGAUGGAUAUUAGCAAGUCAUUGUUUGAUGAUUCUUUGGUUUUCAUCCAUGGCCAUUGUGCCAUCAUCAUGUUUGAUGUCUCUGCCAGGUUAACCGAAAAAAAUGUUCCAACUUGGCAUCGUGAUCUGUGCAGAGUCUGUGAAAAUAUUCCAAUUGUUCUCUGCAGCAACAAGGUUGAUGUGAAGAGCAGGCAGGUCAACGCAAAGCAAGUUACAUUUCACAGAAAGAAGAACCUCCAAUACUAUGAGAUUUCUGCAAAGAGUAACUACAAUUUUGAGAAGCCCUUCCUCUAUCUUCCUAGGAAACUAGCAGGGCAUGAAUCAGAGUUAGCUCAAGCUGCUGCUUAA